CGGGCUCGCGUAGGCUGUGCGCUCCGCACGGGAGGGGCGCGGCCCCGCGUCUGGAGCCGCUGCGGUCCGGUCCACCCGCCUGCGCGUCCGCCAGUUUCUCCUGCCGCCCGCCUGCUGGGCAGGGCCGGCCCGGCCCGGCCCGGCCAUGGAGUCCUACGACAUCAUCGCCAACCAGCCCGUGGUCAUCGACAACGGUUCGGGGGUGAUCAAAGCUGGCUUUGCAGGAGACCAGAUUCCCAAAUACUGUUUCCCAAACUACGUUGGGCGCCCUAAGCACAUGCGGGUGAUGGCCGGAGCCCUGGAGGGGGACCUGUUCAUUGGACCAAAAGCAGAGGAGCACCGCGGGCUGCUGGCGCUGCGCUACCCCAUGGAGCACGGCGUGGUACGGGACUGGAACGACAUGGAGCGCAUCUGGCAGUAUGUCUACUCCAAGGACCAGCUGCAGACCUUCUCUGAGGAGCAUCCUGUCCUUCUGACGGAAGCCCCGCUCAACCCGAGCAAGAACCGCGAGAAGGCGGCAGAGGUGUUCUUUGAGACCUUCAACGUGCCGGCCCUGUUCAUCUCCAUGCAGGCCGUGCUCAGCCUGUACGCAACAGGACGCACAACAGGAGUGGUUUUAGACUCGGGGGACGGGGUCACCCAUGCUGUCCCCAUCUACGAGGGCUUUGCCAUGCCGCAUUCCAUCAUGCGGGUGGACAUAGCUGGCCGCGACGUGUCCCGCUAUCUCCGGCUGCUGUUGCGUAAGGAAGGCGUCGACUUCCACACCUCUGCAGAGUUUGAGGUUGUCCGAACCAUCAAAGAGCGAGCUUGCUACCUGUCCAUCAACCCGCAGAAGGACGAGGCGCUGGAGACAGAGAAGGUGCAGUACACCUUACCAGACGGCAGCACACUCGACGUGGGGCCAGCGCGAUUCCGGGCCCCCGAGCUGCUGUUCCAGCCGGACCUGGUGGGGGACGAGAGUGAGGGGCUGCAUGAGGUGCUGGCCUUCGCCAUUCACAAGUCCGACCUGGACCUCCGCCGGACACUGUUUGCGAACAUCGUGCUGUCGGGUGGCUCCACGCUGUUCAAAGGCUUUGGUGACCGGUUACUAAGUGAAGUGAAGAAGCUUGCCCCAAAGGAUGUCAAAAUCAAGAUCUCGGCCCCUCAGGAACGGCUGUACUCCACGUGGAUCGGUGGCUCCAUCCUGGCCUCACUGGACACAUUUAAGAAGAUGUGGGUCUCCAAGAAGGAGUACGAAGAGGAUGGCUGCCGUGCUAUUCAUCGUAAAACCUUUUAGUGCCCAAGGAGGGGCGGCGUGUUGAGAGAAUGGGAGGACAGAGCCACAGCCCUUGGCCCUCUCUGGUCUGGGCUCGUAUUGCGGGCCUCGGGUCCCCUGCAUGCCAAGCCCUAAGUAGGCAGUGCACACACACACACACGUACACACGCACGCGUGCACACACAGUAACAUUUAGCUGCAUGGGGGGGAGUCUUGAGCUAGAAUACAAGAAUUGUGGAGCCCAGCCUAGGGUGGUUCUGGGUGUCCCCGUUGGCAGGGCCAAUUAGACCCUCGGUUCCUGGCUCUGACACUUAGGGAUGCUUCCCCGAGCUCCAAGGCCAGACACCCAGAUGCCUCCAUUUCCCCCGAUAGGGUCCCUCCCAGGGCCAGCAUGCCUAGCUGCCUGUGUAAGCAGCCUUGGGAGUGGGUGGAGGAGGGGGUGUCCAGCAGCUCCCCGCUGGUGCACCUUUGCUUUUCGUGCCACCUCCUCUUAUGACCCAACAGGGUAGCACAGAGGGCCAGCCAUUCCUAGGCAUCCCUGACCUUCCACACUCUGUGCCCCGUCUUCCUGAGUGGACAUCUUGGUGCAGGCUUAGUGCUGGGGUUCUGGCCAGGGUUGGGCCCUUUGGAGCUGGGCAGGCGAUGCCCGGGGUCUGGACAGCCAGCCUGUCACUCUCCCCUCUCAAAGCACUUGCUGACUUCUGCCUCCUAUCCUUUGCCCCAGCACCCUGGACGGGGAAGGGUUGAGGGCAAGCCACUUAAUCAGGGGUCAGACCCGAGGGCUGAGUGGGCCACAUCUCCUCUCCCAGCUCUCCCACAAAGGAGGUCUUCAUCACCCUGGGCCAGGGCCCCCUCCCCCUCCCAGAUCUGUACAAUAAUUUAACACAGUUGCCUGAAGAAAACUUUUUUGUAAAUCAUUAUAGUAAUAAUUAUGGACAAGUCCCAGUG